AUGAAACUUUUUGCUUGUUUCUUCGUGUCAGUGUUCGGCCAUGGCCGCAUUCUCGAGCCACCAGGAAGAUCGAGCUACAGACUUCUAAAGGAUGAUCCAAAUAUCGAUCAAUCUUUGAUUGUACCAAACUGGAAUGAUAAUCAAUUGUUCUGUGGUGGCUACCAGACACAAAUAUCGAACGGGUACAAAUGUGGCGUUUGCGGCGAUGAUUUUACUCAACCACGCCCACGAGACAAUGAGUGGAAUGGACGCUACGGUAGCUCUGGAAUCAUCCCUCGGACUUACGAUCAAGGAGACAUAAUUGAUUUGCACCUUGAUAUUACUGCUCACCACCAGGGCUUUUUUGAAUUCAAAAUUUGCAAAAUGGAGCCGUCUGAUUUCACCGAAAACGCCGCCUGUUUCGAUAGCGACGAGAGCAUCAUGACGUUAGCUGAUGGAAACAAUCAAUGGGAUGUUACUGGAGGUCAAACAGGGCAGUACUAUGGAAAAGUACAGCUCCCGCAAGAUCUCUCAUGCGAUCACUGCGUCAUUCAGUGGAGAUAUCACGCUGGAAACACAUGGGCUUGUGAUGAAAAUGGAAAUUGCGGAACAGGUAUCGGGCCACAAGAAGAGUUCUACGGCUGCUCCGACAUCUCCAUCCGCCCCAAAUACACAACAACAACAUCAACUACCACUACUACUCCUUUCUCUACAAAACCAACAACAACUCGCGAGACAUCUACCCAUUUCACGACCACAACCCCAAAAGAAACUACAAGCAGUCCCUCAAGUGAGCUGGAUGAUUUUUGCGAAGAAAAGCCAAACGGAUUUUACUCGCACCCGGAAUCUUGCUACAUGUAUAUCGACUGUUACAACGGAAACGCUAUGGCUAAAACUUGCCCAUCUGGUUUAGCCUGGAACCCGGAGAAAAACUACUGCGAUCGAGAGGAAAAUGUGCAAUCUUGUUAA